AUGAGCCUUAGAAAAAUGCAAGCAUUUAUAGUAAAUGUUAUUUUUUGUAAUAUAGAUGGAUUUUCUUGGAAAGUAAUCGCAGGAUUCAAAAUACCAUGUAUUACACGUUUAGUUGAUGGUAAACAAUUGGAGUUUGUAUCUACACAGAUUGCAGAAUAUAGGCUUCUUAAAAAAUAUUUACGAAAUGUACAUUCAGAUAUUUAUACAACAUGUACGUCUGUGAGAGGUUAUGUGAUCACCGAUUUGGAAGCAAAGAUAUUAAAUUACAUAAUAAAAAAACAUUAUGGGAAAGAUAUCCAAUUCUUUGCAGGAAAAGAUUAUAUCGUUCUCUUAGAAGAUUUUUUUAAUUUUUAUAUAUUCUUAGAAGUAUGUUACACAAAAUUACUGUGCAAUAAUGUUUCAAGUUACAAAGACAAAUGCGGUUUUAUAUUUGUUGAUUCUGUAUCCGUUAUACCAUAUUGUACAGUAGGUGGCCAAAAAUAUGUGCCUUUAUUCUUCUUUGAAGACGAUACAAAAACCCUAAUAAAUUAUGCUGAAAAAUUGGUAAAUUGGAACUUAGCAUAUCUAAAGUUCUGUUGUAAACUUGCGGGUAUCAAAGAUAAAUGGUUUGCUAGUGACCAUUGGACAGUUGUCAACUUUGAUCAUAUCAAGAAUUUGUUACCACCAGAAACAAAUUUUAAUGAUUUUUGGCCUACUAUGCUGUCAGAUUCAUUUCUCUUUACUCGUCAGAAGUCUAUCCGUCAAAACCCACCAGGUUCCUGGUUCAAAGUACUUCCUGAAGUAGUAACUGAUGAAAAAACUUUAAAAGCACCAGUGGUACCACAGAGAACGGAAGUGAUGACGACCCAGAUGCUACAACAGGAACAGCAACAACAAGAAGUAAUUACCAUUCCACUAACUCAAUCACAUGAUAAUUCAAAUAAACCUGCAUACAAGAUUCAAAUAACAUCACUUGAAGGAAAAAUKAUCUACUGUAUAAAUGCCAAACCUUGCAUGUAUUCAGAUUUUGUGGUGACUUUGAAAGAACUAGUUCAGAUGGUGUUACCUUUGUGCAAUGUUGCAAAAUGUGCCCAUAUCCUGUACAAAUAUUUAAAAAUAACACUUUUAUUUGGAAAUUCUGAGCAGUUGGCUGUAUUAUUGGAGAACAAACUCAUCAGGUCAAUGAACCCAGCAGACACACCAAUGGUCAUGCUACAAGACAUUAAAGAAAUAUUGCCGCUGUUAAAGAAAUUGGUGUCAAUGCAAGAUGAAGCAAUAGAGCAAUACCUAUCUGUAGGUGGGCCGUUCAAAUCACCACACACCGGCUAGGAAUUUGCCAGUCACUACCGGCAAAAGAUAGGUCAACUUGAAAAAAGGKUAUUUAAGAAGUUGUUUAUACCUACCUUUUGUGUUAACAAAUAAAAAAAAAUUAGACUUGUAUAAAUUAUGAUGUUUAAUUUUACUUAAAAAAAAUAAAAA